AUGAGCACGACGCGGUACGAGGUGAAGGACGGCGACUUCAGCGCAUACCUUGUGGGUACGUGGAAGCGGACGUUAGAAUGGAGGAACUUUGGGUCGACCUUUGGUCACGUUCGCACGACCAACAACGUCGUGGUCAUUGAAGAAGACACGACCGCCGCGAAGCAACCCAACACCAAGUUUCUCAAGUGGUCGUUUGGACGCGGCCUUCGGAAGAACGAGCUUACAGCUGCAUAUACGAUUCAGUUCAUUCCCGACGACAAGGGCACGUUCAUGGAGUGGAGCUUCGAAGGCGCCACAUGCCACGGCUUGUUUAAGCCCGAAGCGAGUGUAGCGAUCUUCAACUUUUGCCUGCAUGACUCGAUGGUCACGAUCACAUAUCGCAUGCUGGAUGCAAGCACCAUGGCCGUGUGCAUUGUGGAUGUCGACAGCGACCAUACGCCCACGAUUCAAUAUGGCAACAUGUAUCGCAUCGAUCCGACAAAGUAUCGCCCCGACGAUGCUUCCGUGGAUGAAUUGAACAACUAA